CUUGCUGAAUUGGCAAGGUGGCAAUUUCAAAACUCCCCAACAGAGACGAACCUGGCGCGGUUUUGUUCUUCCCUUCUGCAACCUCCCAAAAUCAAAAUGCCCAAAUCAAAACCCUAAAUCGAUCAACUUCACGAGAUUCUAGAACAUCGAACGCCAAAUGGAGAAUCAGGGUAGAGUGGUGUGCCCAGAGAACGAAGAGCUUGCCGCGUUCUUGUGGAGAAAGAGGCAAGAAAUGGCGGAGCAGCCCAAGGGAAUUUCGGAGAACAUUGACCUGACGCUCUACAGAGCUUAUUCCAAUGUUUGCAGAUCCGAAGUCCCGGUCAAAACCCUCAAGGAGUUCUCUCAGAUCAAGGGCGUGGGGAAAUGGAUUCUGAGGCUGAUGCAGGAGUAUUUCAAGGCCGAUUCAGGCACUUCAGAACCACAAGAUUUGUCAGAAAAGGGGAAGAAAGCUAAGGGUACCAAACGUUAUAUGCCACAAAAGAAUUCUGUGGCUUAUGCGCUACUGAUUGCUCUGUACAGGGGGACUGCAACUGGGAGUGAUUUUAUGGGUAAACAGGACCUUAUCAAUGCAGCUGAAGCAAGUGGGCUUUCACGGGUGCCAAUUGUGCCAGAAAAAGAGAAAGGAAAACGUGGGCAUUUUGGAAGUUCUUCUAGGGAAUGGUAUAGUGGAUGGAGCUGCAUGAAGACAUUGAUAACCAAAGGACUAGUUGUGAAAUCUAGUUGCCCUGCGAAGUAUAUGCUAACUCAAGAAGGCCGGGAAGCUGCACAUGAAUGUCUGUUGAGAUCUGGUUUGGCUGAUCCCAUUGAGAAUUUGGCUGCUACAGAAACUACAUAUCUGGGCACAAGCAACGUGUUAGAUUUGGAGUUUGAUCAUGCUGACCUGGAUGAAGAGGAUACAAUACAUUCCUGCUUAAAUGGGCAGAAGAAAUCUGUUGACGUUCCACUUGAAUCUCUUGAGAAGUUUACACGUAUGGGGUAUACUAGGGAAGAAGUACUUCGUGCUUUUACUGAAGUUGCAGAAACUUCCCAGAAGAAGGGGAUGUCCUCACUCUGGCCUGCAGUGUUAUGCUGUCUUCGAGAAAAUCAAGUUUAUGGUUUUCAUUCAGAGUCUCAAGCAAAUCUAAGAGAGGAUUGUCUCUCCACAGCAACCACUCACACAUUUAUUGAUGGUCAAGUGGAUCUUAUAAGUGAAAAUAGUCAGAUGGAUUCUGCCUGUGGUGGACCACUACUCAUGCCAAAGUCUUCACAUCCAGUUGAUUCUGUGCAGAGCUCUUUUACCUUGAGAGCUUGUUCAUCAUCUAUUUUAUAUGGAGGGUGUCAAUUAUUGUUGGAUCCUGAUCUUCUAUUCACAAUUUACCUGCACAACUCGUGCAAAUCUGGUUACUCAGAUGAUUAUCCUGUUCAAAAAUUAAAUUCAGAUGGCUUGAAAGUGAAUAUGAAUGUUCUGACAAUGCCUCCUCUGCUUGUUGGUGAGAGAUUUGAGGAUGUAUAUGAAGUAGUCUUAAUAUUGGAUGAUCGGGAGCAAUUUACUACUCAAGGGUCACGAUCAAGGAAAAUUAUUGAGAAUAUUUGCACUCAAUUCAAAAUUCAAAUAGAGGUUAGACGGUUACCAGUUGGAGAUGGUAUCUGGGUAGCUCGUCAUAAACAUCUUGACAGUGAAUAUGUUCUUGAUUUUAUUGUUGAGAGGAAGAAUGUUAAUGAUUUACGCUGUUCAAUCAGGGAUAAUCGCUACAAGGAUCAGAAGUUAAGGCUUUUGAGAUGCGGACUUAAGAAGCUGAUAUAUCUAGUGGAAGGUGAUCCAAAUUCUUCUGAAGCAGCUGAAAGCAUCAAAACAGCUUGUUUCACGACAGAGAUCUUAGAGGGAUUUGAUGUGCAGAGAACAAGUGGCUUAGCUGAUACGUUGAGGAAGUAUGGUUAUCUUACUCAAGCAAUAGCCCAUAGCUACAGAUUGCAGGUGAUUGAGGACAAGCUUAAAAACACUAGCGUCUGUCCUCCUUUCAAUGAAUUUAUUAGGAGUUGCAAUGGCCUGGAUAAGAUGACAGUCAGUGAUGUAUUUGCCAUUCAACUCAUGCAGGUCCCACAGGUAACAGAGGAGGUUGCUGUUGUUGUUCUGGAUUUGUACCCAACACUUUUGUCUCUUGCUCGUGCAUAUUCUCUUCUUGACGGUGACAUACUUGCACAAGAGGAGAUGCUCAGGAAGCAGAGCAACAACAUGGUUAAUGCAGUUGCUAGUAGGAAUAUCUUCAAACUAGUUUGGGGUGAUUGACUAUUAUUCUUCUCCAUCUUCUAUGUUGAAGAUUUGUUUGCUUGUUUAUUGGUUGGGGGGGUCGUCAUGAAGCUUGAUGACCAACAAACAAAAAUGCUGGUUUCUUCGGUCAUCACUGUUGUAACUUGCACAUUGUACCAUUGAAGGAUGCCUAUGCAGUUUGUACAUUGGAGGUUAUAGAGCAUUAGUUGCAGGAACAGUUCUGUGAAAGAUAUUAAUAAUCAACUGAGAGUUCCUUACCAUCUAGCCUAGUGUAUUCCAGAAAAUGCAUGCUUAGACCAUCAAUGAAUCAUUUUUGCUUUUGAUCGAUUGAAUAA